UUUUUAGUAACCAGGAACUGAGCUGAUUUUUAAAAAUAAAUAAAUAGCAAUCAGGGGCCUUGCUGCAAGGCACCGGUUUGCUAGUUUCCUGCAGGCCAGAAGCGAUGCCAUCUACACCAACGAUCGUCCAAAGAUUAAACCUGCCGCGUACAACUUGCUAGAUUGAAAAUAGGCAGUUGGGCCCUUGGCCGCCUCCUAGGAGUGCUUGCGCGUUGAAAUCGGGAGGACCUUCUGCAGUUUGAGCGCGCUUUCUCCGGGAAGGCAGCGGGGUUGAAAGUGCGUGUGGGGGUUUGGAUUUCGUACAGCAGCGCAACUGGCCUUCUGCAAGGGCGCUGUGACACCCCUCCCGGGACCCACUUCGGUCUGUUGCUUCUUCGGCUGCUCCAGGUCGGUUUUUCCCGGCGACUCUAGUGUGGCUUCCAAACUUCUGCGCUCCUGGCUCACUUCGGAACUUGCCCCCGCCUCCCACUCGCUUCGCUGGCGCCCUGGGAAGUUGCAGAAGCCACAGUAGUCGCCCAAAGAGCACCCUCGGAGACCGCGGGUGGCCGGCAGCGAUGAAACCGUCUUGGCUGCAAUACCGUAAAGUCACCGGCGCCGGGGGGCUCGGAGGGCCUUUGCCCGGGUCUUCUGCGGCCCGGGGAGCCCGUGCGGCCCGCAUGGCUUUCGUGGCCCCGGGUCCGCGGGGUGGUCUCGGGACCCUGGGCUGCAGAGCGCUGUCCUCGGGCAGUGGCAGCGAGUACAAGACCCACUUCGCCGCCUCGGUGACGGACCCCGAGAGGUUCUGGGGCAAAGCUGCUGAGCAGAUCAGCUGGUACAAGCCCUGGACCAAAACGCUGGAGAACAAACACUCGCCCUCCACCAGUUGGUUUGUGGAAGGAAUGCUUAACAUUUGUUACAAUGCCCUUGAUCGUCACAUUGAAAAUGGUAAAGGGGAUAAGAUUGCCAUCAUCUAUGACAGUCCUGUUACAAACACUAAAGCAACCUUUACCUAUAAAGAAGUUCUGGAGCAGGUCUCCAAGCUGGCUGGUGUCUUUGUCAAGCAUGGAAUCAAGAAAGGUGACACUGUGGUUAUCUACAUGCCCAUGAUCCCGCAGGCGGUGUAUGCCAUGCUGGCAUGUGCAAGGAUAGGUGCCAUCCACAGUCUCAUAUUUGGGGGAUUUGCUUCUAAAGAACUAAGUAGUCGCAUUGAUCAUGUAAAGCCCAAGGUGGUUGUUACAGCAUCAUUUGGCAUUGAACCUGGAAGGAGGGUAGAGUACAUACCACUUAUAGAAGAAGCACUAAAAAUAGGACAACACAAACCAGAGAAAAUUCUCAUUUAUAAUCGUCCAAAUAUGGAGGCGGUUCCUUUGACUCCAGGUCGUGACCUUGAUUGGGAUGAAGAGAUGGUGAAAGCCCAAUCACAUGACUGUGUUCCUGUUCUUUCAGAACACCCACUGUACAUUCUUUACACAUCUGGCACAACGGGAUUGCCUAAGGGUGUGGUUAGGCCCACUGGGGGAUAUGCCGUCAUGCUAAACUGGUCAAUGUCUUCUAUAUAUGGACUUCAACCUGGAGAGGUGUGGUGGGCAGCUUCUGACUUAGGCUGGGUUGUUGGACAUUCCUAUAUCUGCUAUGGACCUCUUCUCCAUGGGAACACAACAGUCUUAUAUGAGGGGAAGCCUGUGGGAACACCAGAUGCUGGCGCUUAUUUCCGUGUGCUUGCAGAGCAUGGAGUAGCUGCCUUGUUUACAGCACCAACAGCAAUUAGAGCAAUCCGUCAACAGGACCCUGGGGCAGCCUUGGGGAAGCAGUACUCUCUGACAAGGUUCAAAACAUUAUUUUUGGCUGGAGAACGAUGUGAUAUAGAGACCCUGGAAUGGUCCAAAAGUGUCUUCAGAGUACCCGUCUUAGACCAUUGGUGGCAAACCGAGACUGGAUCUCCAAUUACAGCAUCAUGCAUUGGAUUAGGCAAUUCUAAAACACCUCCACCAGGGCAAGCAGGAAAAAGUGUUCCAGGAUACAAUGUUAUGAUUUUGGAUGACAACAUGCAAAAACUGAAGGCUCGGAGUUUAGGAAAUAUUGUGGUAAAGUUGCCAUUGCCACCUGGGGCUUUUUCAGGACUCUGGAAGAAUCAGGAAGCAUUCAAGCAUUUAUACUUUGAAAAAUUUCCCGGAUAUUACGAUACCAUGGAUGCUGGCUACAUGGAUGAAGAAGGCUAUGUGUAUGUUAUGUCUCGAAUGGAUGAUGUAAUAAAUGUCGCAGGUCACAGAAUUUCUGCAGGUGCCAUUGAAGAGUCAAUCCUUUCCCAUGGCACCGUGACAGACUGUGCUGUUGUUGGCAAGGAAGACCCUUUAAAAGGUCAUGUCCCCUUAGCACUCUGUGUGUUGAGAAAAGAUAUAAAUGCAACAGAGGAGCAAGUUUUGGAAGAAAUUGUGAAACAUGUUAGACAGAGCAUUGGCCCUGUGGCUGCUUUUCGAAAUGCAGUGUUUGUCAAGCAGCUACCCAAAACCAGAUCUGGCAAAAUCCCUCGAUCAGCUUUAUCUGCCGUUGUCAAUCGCAAGCCAUACAAGAUAACCUCUUCAAUUGAAGACCCCAGCAUUUUUGGCCACGUAGAAGAAAUACUGAAGCAAAUAUCAUGAGUUUGUUUUAUUUCUAUGUUGAGUCAAUUUCAGUUAAUUUUUUAAUUGUAAUUAAAAUAUUUGAGUUGUUUCUCAGCAAUAAAUAUUUCAGUAGAAAUUACUUGCAAACUGAAAUGUGAAUUGUAAAACUUGGCCUAAACAAAUCUAAAGAAAACUUGUGAAAGACCUGUGCCUUCUGUUUGAUGGGACCCUGUUAGCAUUGUUAAUAGUUGCUUAUAAGAUGGUUCAUUAUAUGUAAUCGGCUGCUUUAGAAAAAAUGUAUCUAGUGUAUUAUUUUUAAAAUUGCACCCCACAAGUAAAACACUUUAAUUGAAAGCAACACCAAUAUAGAGCCACUUCCUGAAACUAAGAAUCUGUAGUUUUGAUCCAAAAUCUAAAACUUGAAGUCAGAAAAUAACUAAAAUUUUUCUUGUAGAAAUUUUAGAUAUUUUCUAAUAUUCUUUAGAUAUUUUCUAAUAUUCUAGUUUUAAAUAGAUGAGAAGUUUAGGUAAUCAUCUAGACAGAUGAAAUUAUUAUCUAGGUAGGAGGACUUUUCUAGCUAUUCAUUUUCUGAGGGAAAGCUGAACACCAGGAUUAGAGCUAUACCUUUAGGUCAUUUGUUACUUAGGCAAGGAAAACCACAUAUCUGACCUGGCAUGGUGGCUCAGCUUGUAAUCCCAGCACUUUGGGAGACUGAGGCAGGUGGAUGACUUGAGGUCAGGAGUUCAAGACCAUCCUGGCCAAAAUGGUGAAACCCUGUAGCUACUGAAAAUACAAAAAUUAGCCAGGCGUGGUGGCAGGCUUCUGUAAUCCAGCUACUUGGAAGGCUGAGGCAAGGAGAACUGCUUGAACUGCAGAGGUGGAGGUUGUGGUGAGCUGGUAUCUGCCACUGCACUCCAGCCUGGGUAGAAUGAGACUCCAUCUCAAAACAACAACAAACCACCUGCCUGGCAGACAACCAAGAUACCAUUUAGUCCAAUCUUUUCAUGGAGAUGAGGGCUCUAGGGAGUACCUCCUAAUGUCUCAGGUUCUUAGUUGACUGUGCAUUUCUGAACUAUUCCAGAUUCCUGUGGGAACAAGGAAUCAAUGUACAAAUGUGGUGGAGUGGCAAGAAAAACUCUUAAGAAGGGAACAUCAAGGUUUUUACAUUAGGUUAAAGACCAAGAAGGUUUCCAGGCAGGCAGUGUAAUGUCUAGGUGAUUUUGAAGCGAACUUAAGCCACUAGGUUUGAGGGACAAAGGACCAAAGGACAAAAAAUGUGAAGACGGCAGAUCUCCUGCUCCACCUCAGGGAGCAGCAGCCCCAGAAAAAUAUGGCCCCAAAAAGAGGCAGGUCUCCUGCUGCAAGAUCUUCUGUUUUGUUUUUUGUUUUUUUUCCCACUCUUGUUGCCCAGGCUGGAGUGCAAUGGCGCAAUCUUGGCUCACCACAAACUCUGCCUCUGUGGUUCAAGUGAUUGAACCCCACUUGAAUCACAGAGGUAAUUCCGAGUAGCUGGGAUUACAGGCAUGAGUCAUCACGCCUUGCUAAUUCUGUAUUUUAUACAGACAGGGUUUCUCCAUGUUGUUCAAGCUAGUCUUGAGCUUUCAACAUCAGUUUAUCCACCUGCCUCAGCAUCCCAAAGUGCUGGGAUUACAAGCAUGAGCCACCAUGCCUGGCUGAGCCUCUGGUUUUUAAGAGAGAACAAAUAAUCCUGAUUUUUAUGUAAAAUCUCUAAUUUUAAAAUAAUAACUCUUAAAAAAUAUUGCAAUGUCCAAAAGUAUCUUUGCAUUUAAAGUCUAAAAAUCUCUUAAAUAUUUAUUUAAAUAAUUGAAAAGUUAGUUUUGUUAAGCUAAUAGGAAUGGGCCAGUUAACUAGAGUAGAUGGAUGUAGGAAAUUAAAUAUUUGAUUUACUUAGGGACCUAUAUGAUAUCAGUUCUCAAACAAUACAUUUUAACACAGAAGUAUACUGUGCUCAUUGUAUCUUUGAUCGUUCUUCAAGUAUUUCUCAAUCUUUUAGUCUAUCAGGAACAUUAUUAUCAAGAGCAAUUAUUAUAGCAUAAUACUCUGGGUACAUGAAAUGUAUGUGAGAGUUAAAUAGAUAAUAGAUGAAGGUUUAUUGUUAUAAAAAUGAUCAACUUAUAUAAAAACAUUCUGAAAAUGUUAACUUUUUUGGGACUAAAGUCUGCAAAAUAAAUAGCUUCUUAAAGCAAAUGCCUAUUAAA